AUCAAACAGCUGGUCGCCUUUGUUUACUGUUUACGUCACGUUGACAAUUUCUCAGGAUUGUCCCAAAAUUUUAUAGUUAAAACAUAUUUAAGCAUUCGGCUUUAUUUUCCAAAAAUUUUCAGUGUAUGUAUUUGAUAUAAUUAUAUUUUUAUUUAUAAAUUGCAAGUGUAUCGUGUGAGUGUGUCGCAGAAAUAUUUACAUAAAUUGCAAGCCUUAGCGAAAGCUUGUUAAAGUGGUUGUUGAAAAUAGUGCAAACGUCUUGGGCAAGGAUAUAUUAAUAGUUGGUUUCCAGAUGCUUCACGAUUUGCAGGUUUUUACAGGAAGCCGUUCCAGGUGACCACCUUCCAUAGUUUAUUAAUGAAGAAAACACCUUUUCAUGCAAAUCUUGAAUAUCGUGAAGCAUCUGGAACGCAACUAAUGCGUGCAGUUCAAUCUGAUCAGGCGGGCCGAAUUUCGGAAGUCCAAAUCUUUACCAAGAUGGCAUACAAAUUCUCAUGGAUCUUGUAUCAGAAGUAUAAGCUAACUUUUCACAAAGCAUAAAAUAUGGCGGUGGAUAAAAUGAGUGCCAAGGAUAUUUUAAUGAGAGCAGUAGAGUGUGACCAGGUGGGCCGUAUUUUAGAAGCGCAAGAUCUCUACGAAGAAGGCCAACGGCUAGUAAUGCAACUUGUGGCGCACCAACGCGACGAAUCUAAGAAAAAAAUUUUGUGCGAAAGGAUCAAGGAAUACAACGACCGCAUGCGACAAAUAAAGGAGCGUGUACAGAAGCAUGUUAUUGGUGGAGAGCUUGUAUCAAGUAUACCGAUAGAUGAAGAUUCUGUUGGCAAUAGCUAUCGGAAUCUUUUUGGGAAGUACCUAGACGCAGAAGUAAAGGAGGUGCUGCUUGAAGAACCAUACCUUUACGAGAAAUAUCAAUUUCAGAAUUUCGUAUCGUUUCUGGAGUUGUUAGCGAAGAACUGUCCGUAUCUGAAAUACGUCCGACUGGUGACCAAAACUCAUAGCAAGGCUCCAGAAAACCAAAUAAACGUGAUAAGGCAGAUUACACAAGAUCUAGCCAAGCGAAAUGUGACAUUAUGCACAAAAUUUGUGGAAACAUUACAUGACCGUAAAAUUGUGGUUAGCAGUGGUUUUAUUAUAAAAGUUGGGCGCGGUUUGCAUAUUUUUAAACCAUUGAAUCCCUUCUACAGCCUAGGAUUAUGUGAUUAUGACUUUCGCAGGUGUCUACAAACUGAUGUUGAUAUUUGGCGUACAAAGAACUUUAUUUGUUAAAUAAAUUGGAUUUCUACUUAUAGAAAUCGGAGCCUUUCUAUAUUAAAAGAACUUUGUCUAAAUGUCGAAAGACUGGUCUCUUAAAAUCCUAAUGGAAUUUAAAAGCAACGGACCGAAUUUUAAGGAAAAUCGCAUUUGAAGAACUUAAGUUUUAUAAAAUUUUUAAUUACUCUGUAAAGAAACUGAAUAUAUAUGGUAUUUCUAUUAUAAUAAUGUAUGUACUUUUAUGUUGGGUAAAAAUUUCAUAGCUAUAUUGAUUAAUAGUGUCUCCCUAUAACAAAAUAUGUCUUCAUUUUUACAAUGGCAGUAGUUAUAUUAGCGCUGGAAAACAUCGAUGUUUCGAUGUUUUUUUGAGGAGCAACAUCGAUGUAUCGAUGCAUCGACCUUUUCAAAUGGCGAAUUUUUAUUUAUUUAUUUAUUUAUUAUAGUCAUUUGACCUAUAUACAUUCACGUAUAUACAUUUGAAUUAUGUAUUGCAAUAUAUAAUAAAAGUAAAGUUAAAAUUAAUGCUUAAAAUAAGUUAACCUGUUACACUUUUCCUUCUAAGCUAUAUA